AUGGUCAUUCACGACUCUGGCUUCACCCAUUAUUGGCUCCGCCGUCCCCAGCACAACGGCUCCCAUCCGGAGCUCCACUCGGCGGCUGUCGUUACCAGAGUGCAAUCCACACUCACAUGUUUUGUCCUACUCGAUCCCCAUGUCCAUCUUUACUCUGGUCCAAUCUCGUCGACGUCUACUCACCCUGAUCUCACCCUCUUACACGCCGAGCACGAUCCACUACAACACCCACGCCGUGUUGCCCCCCCUCAUCCGGCAUUCGAGGCCUCCUCAUUUGUCCACGUACAGGACGAGCCUGCCCGUCAUGCCGAAAGCUUCACCACCGUCGCACGCCCCAAGCUUCAGCUUGUAUUCACCGAUGUGGACGACAGAUACGAACCCAUGUCUCUGCUCGGUACCCGGCUCUAUGAGAACCGGGUUCCCAUUGACGGCCUAGUCAACCCCCACCCGGAGCUUACAAGUCCUAUCACCAUGUCCAGGUACCGUCUCUCGUACCUGGCAGCUAGCCUGAGCUAUCGGAAUCCGGACUCAGCUACAGGCGCUCGAUACCUCCUUUUGGAACAUGGUCCCGGCCUUGGGGCAGCCCCUACGUGGCCGCCCCCCGACUAG